CCGGGUCUUCCGUCGUCCCGGAAGCCCGCGAGUCCCGGAAGCGUGGGUCCCCGCGGUUCGGCUAGGAAAAGCCCAGCUUCCCGGAGAAUGUUUGAGGCAAGGUUCCGCGGCGCCUGGGCGUGGCGCAGACCCGGCAGCUCCUGGCAAGUAUGAGGCAAGGAUUUCUUGAAGCAGAAUUGCAGCAGAGCUCUCCACCACCUUGUGGAUAGGCUGCUGAGUCCUGAAGGGAUCACAGGAACAGGGAAAAGACAACUUCAGAGAAGACAUGGCUGGCAGAGAGGAGAAGACGGGGAGUGCAAACAGAGUGCUGAGGAUAAGUCAGCUGGAUGCACUUGAACUGAACAAGGCUCUGGAGCAGCUCGUGUGGUCUCAGUUUACUCAGUGCUUUCAUGGAUUUAAGCCAGGACUGUUGGCUCGAUUUGAACCAGAAGUGAAAGCAUGUCUGUGGCUUUUCCUGUGGAGGUUCACCAUCUACUCCAAAAAUGCCACUGUGGGGCAGUCAGUUUUGAAUAUUCAGUACAAAAAUGAUUUUUCUUCCAACCCAAGAUACCAGCCCCCAAGUAAAAAUCAAAAACUGUGGUAUGCUGUGUGCACCAUUGGGGGGAGAUGGUUAGAAGAACGAUGUUAUGAUUUGUUUCGAAAUCGUCAUUUAGCAUCUUUCGGGAAAGUCAAACAGGGCAUGAAUUUUGUGGUUGGACUUUUAAAAUUAGGUGAGUUGAUAAACUUCUUGAUUUUCCUGCAAAAGGGAAAGUUUGCUACUUUGACAGAACGCCUCCUUGGCAUCCACUCUGUAUUUUGCAAGCCCCAGAACAUGCGUGAGGUUGGCUUUGAGUACAUGAAUAGGGAACUUCUCUGGCACGGCUUUGCUGAGUUUCUGAUUUUUCUUUUACCACUCAUCAAUAUCCAGAAGUUGAAAGCCAAGUUGUCUUCCUGGUGCAUACCCCUUACUGGCACUGCUAGUAGUGACAGUGCCCUGGCCUGCAGUGGCAGAGAAUGUGCGCUCUGUGGAGAGUGGCCCACAAUGCCUCACACCAUUGGAUGUGAACACGUGUUCUGUUAUUACUGUGUUAAAAGUAGCUUCCUAUUUGACAUGUACUUUACCUGUCCUAAGUGUGGCAUAGAAGUGCACAGUGUGCAGCCACUGAAAUCAGGAAUUGAAAUGUCAGAAGUGAAUGCUCUUUAGAAACCAAAUUGUUUCCUCUGAGGGAAAAGGUAUUGUGUCCAAGUCCUUGGUAUUAGUCAUCCUCAAUAUCAUAGGUAGGUGUCUUUGAAAAGGCAUGUGCUGCUCAGCCACUGUUCUCUUCUUUUCUAAGCACAACUCAAUUCUAAUCACUGGAAACUAAAUGAUACAAGAGAAUCUUAUAAAUGCUCGUGUUAUUUUUUUAAAUCAGCUAUUACAUUUUUAAUGUCAAGAAUAAUGGAAAAUUUUUGUCAGGUGAAUACUAAGAAUGACUAAGAGUGCUUCUUCAUAGAAAAAGGUCGGACUCUAAAAAUAAAAGAUUUUUGAGACUCUGG